AUGGAACGGUGGAGUGGAGUUUUCAGUGUCCCCUUGCAUUCUAACACCCGGACAUUCCAUAGAGUUGGUGCUUCUCUUUGCCUUUCUUCUCAAACUAAAACUUUCACUGUGCCUAUUGCGAAUGCCAUAUUUUUCUGUGGUGAUCGAGUUGAAAGGACCGGUAACCCAUUGAUCGAGAAGCUUUCAGAUUUGCAAAAGCUAUCUGAAAUCGUCGUGUUAAAAUUCGGUUCUUCCAUCAAUGCUUGGGUUAUUGAGGCUUCUGUUUUUAAUGGACCUUUUGCGGUCUAUAACGACUUUAUACCAUCCGUGAAUCAAUAUGGAGAGCCAAAGGCAUACUGUCCGAUUGGAUUCCCGGCAUCCACGUCGACCGUCUCACUUCUAUCGAAUUGCCUUGAACAAGUAACAAAAAUAAUUUCAGGAAGUCAAGUAGACACUCCUUGUAGUUUACAUCAACCUAAGACAUUCAUCCUCGGAUUUAGCAAAGGUGGAACUGUACUUAAUCAGAUGGUUACUGAACUCGGCUUCUCAGAUAUUGGAUCUAAUGUGAUUUCAACUGGUGCGGAGAUUUGCGUAGUACCUAAAACAAAAGAAGCUUUACUAAACAGCAUCAGUGAGAUUCAUUAUGUUGAUGUUGGUUUGAACUCAACCGGUGCAUACUUGACAAACCGUGAUGUGUUUGAGAGAAUCUCGGGAAGGCUCGUACAAGGAGCUCCUCGACUUCGUUUUGUCCUUCACGGAACACCGAGACAGUGGAAUGACAAGCAGCGAGACUGGAUACGGAAGGAGAAGGACGAAAUGCUGCUUCUGCUUGAAUCGGAAGCUGGCAAAAGCGGGGGAAAGCUUGAAUUUUUAUCGAGGUAUUAUUUUGCUGAUAAGCCUCCGAAUUUGCAGAUGCACUUUGAAAUAAUUGAAAACUUAGAUGUAAGUUAG